CGCCUGAUAACCUGACUAACCUGCACUGCACUAUCUACUUUAUAUACCGCCGCUCAUUACAACAUCGACCAUCCCCAAUUCAACCCGCCACAAAAUGAUCCAACCCGGGGAGAUCUCACUGCACCCAGGGGGCUGCACCCCCGACGGCGGACGCUCGCUCGGCUGCUUGUAUGACCGGCAGCGCGAGGUCGCAUACCAACUCGGCUCGAGGAGCACGCCCUGCACGACGAUGUUCUACAUGCUGGGCCCGGGGGACCUGCUUCUCGAGGAGUUCCCCUGGGCCCGCAUGGAAGAACUGCUCAAGCACAUCUUCCUGCAGGCGCGGCGCGAGAACCCGGACUCGGCCCUCAUCGCCGGGGAAAUCAGCACCGGGGCAUGGUGUCGCUUCUAUCGCGAGGUCCUCCCCACGGACGGCGCCGAGCAUCGGGUCCGGGGCAUCUACCAGCACCGACUCGGCGGGAAGACGACCUUCCAUGAGGACGAGGACGAGGCCUUGAUCGAGCUGCUGGAGGGCAUCGCCCAUGCCGGUUUCCCCUCCGUAGACACGUUGCUGGGUCUGCACGAGAUCCUCACCAGACACAGGCAGGACGCGGUGAGUAUUCCGGGCCGUGCUGAGAGACGCAGGAUUGAGAGAUGCUGGGAACGCAGACACACGACAAUAACGUAAAUGCGCUCAUCAUCCUCAUGACUCAGUAGGUCCCGGUCGACCAAUGGUUGUAGUACUUGUCCUCCCGGAAAUGCAUGAAAUCUAAAGGCGGGGUUGGGUUGUCGGGACUCGGGUGUCGUAGGGACGGUCACCCCGCCAUCUCACC